UAUCAUUGUUACUUAUACGAGUAAUAACCUCUCGUAAUACGAUCAUUUUUAAAAUGUUGUUGAAAUCAACGACUCUUCGGUCGAAGAGUCAGUUCAUGAAACGGAUUGCCUGCUAUUCUACAGCCACGCCUCAAAAAAUUAUAGCUAUAAGGAGAGAAGAUCAAUCAGUAUGGGAAAGAAGAGCACCCUUUUCCCCUUCGAAUGUGAACAAGUUGGUGAGACAGGGCGUGAAGGUUAUAGUGCAGCCAUCCAACCGCCGUGCCUAUCCAAUGCAGUCAUACAUAAAUUCUGGAGCGAUCGUUCAAGAGGACAUAAGCGAAGCGAGCGUAAUCUUCGGUGUGAAGCAAACGCCCAUCGACCUUCUUAUACCAAACAAGACUUACUGCUUCUUUUCACACACCAUUAAGGCCCAGGAGGCCAACAUGCCAAUGUUAGAUGCUAUUCUAGCAAAGAACAUUCGUUUGUUAGACUAUGAGAAACUGAUGGAUGCGGAUGGCAACAGAGUGGUAGCUUUCGGCAAAUAUGCGGGUGUUGCGGGCAUGAUCAACAUUCUGCAUGGACUAGGUUUGCGAUUGCUGGCACUAGGGCAUCAUACACCCUUUAUGCACAUAGGACCCGCUCACAACUAUCGAAAUUCGAGUAUGGCUCGGCAGGCCAUUCGCGACGCUGGUUAUGAAGUGGCUCUUGGUAUGAUGCCCAAAUCACUCGGUCCUCUUACUUUCGUCUUCACUGGAUCUGGAAAUGUGUCACAGGGAAGUCAAGAAAUAUUCCAGGAGUUGCCCUAUGAAUAUGUCCCUCCUGAAAUGUUAAGGAAGGUGGCUGAACACGGAAGUCCAAAUAAAAUAUAUGGAUGCGAAGUUCGUCGGAGGCAUCACCUGGAGAGGAAGAACGGGGGAGGCUAUGACCACCAGGAGUAUGAAGAGCAUCCUGAAAGAUAUAUUUCAACCUUCGCCCAAAGAAUUGCUUCCUACACUUCAGUAUUGGUGAACUGUAUAUACUGGGCAGUUGACAGCCCAAAACUGCUGACCAUACCUGACGCAAAGCACCUGUUGUUACCGUCCAAUACACCAUGGUUGCCUAAGAGCAUUGGUGCACCUGCUCUACCUCACAGAAUGCUGGCAAUCUGCGAUAUAUCUGCUGAUCCUGGCGGCUCUAUAGAGUUCAUGAACGAAUGCACUACUAUAGAUACUCCAUUUUGCCUCUACGAUGCCGAUAGAAAUAAAGACACAAAAAGCUUUAAAGGUCCGGGUGUUUUGGUGUGUUCUAUAGACAAUAUGCCCACGCAGCUGCCACGAGAAUCUACUGAUUUCUUUGGAGAUCUUCUCUUCCCAUAUGCGGAAGAUAUUAUGAGGUCUGACGCGACUAAGCCCUUAGAAGAACACAAUUUCUCGUCUGUGGUCAAGGGGGCUAUCAUAACAAGUAACGGGAAAUUGACUCCUGACUUCGAGUAUAUCAAUGAACUUCGCAAUUCAAAUACACGAUCGCGACACAAGGUGGAGGGUAAUGAGCAGCAAGUACCUGUGGUGAUAAUGGGCAGCGGAUUGGUCUCCGCGCCUGUAGUCGAAUAUCUGGCCCGGGACAAAAACAUCGCCGUAACCAUUGCUUCGCAAGUGAAAGAAGAGGCGGAUGCUCUGGCGGAACGGUACGGCGUCCGGUCCGAGUACUUGGAGGCGAACGACGAGAUCGCUCUGCGGACGUUCGCAUCCAAGGCCCGCCUGGUGGUGUCGCUGCUGCCGUACGAUCUUCACGCCGCUGUUGCCAAGGCGUGCAUCAGCGCCCGCUGCCACAUGGUCACUGCUUCCUACGUCCGCCCAGAGGUCCAAGAACUACACAAGGAUGCUAAGGAAGCUGGAGUAACGUUACUUAAUGAAGUAGGACUCGACCCCGGCAUCGAUCAUCUGCUAGCUCUGGAAUGUAUCCAUGACAUUCAGAACCAUGGAGGAAGAAUUGACACAUUUGUGUCGUAUUGUGGAGGACUACCUGCACCGGAGUUCAGUGACAAUGCGAUGAGAUACAAGUUCUCAUGGAAUCCUCGUGGAGUUCUGCUUAAUACAAUUUCCGGGGCUAAAUACUUAAGCAAAGGACAGGUAGUCGAAGUCUUGGGCGGUGGAGAACUGAUGUCGGUGGCUCGAGAGUUGGAUUUCCUACCAGGUCUAGCAUUCGAAGGAUUCCCCAACAGAGACAGUACGAUCUACUCAAAACUAUAUGGAGUAGAGGAUGCGCACACGAUGUUCAGAGGCACUUUGAGGUAUCGAGGUUUUGCAGAGACAAUGAAGGCUAUGCAGUUCUUCGGACUCAUUGAUCCGAGCCCUCAUCCUUCAUUACAUCCCGAAGGUCCAAAACUUACAUGGAGACAAUUCGCUUGUGAACUCCUCGGACUGAUGGACUCAUCUAUAUUUUAUGAGAAUUUGAAGACAAAAUUAGCAGAAAGAAUUGGCAUUCAAGGUGCAAAUGCCUUGGAAUCAUUAGGACUUUUGAGUGAGGACCCAGUAGUUAAAUGUGGAUCUCCACUAGACACUGUUAGUAACUUCCUCGCCAAAAAAUUAGUAUUGGGCAAAGACGAGACCGACUUCGUGGUGCUUCGACACGAGGUGGGUGUCACGUGGAGCGACGGCAAGAAGGAGCGGCGCGAGAUCACGAUGACUGUGAGAGGGGACCCCGCCUCGCACACCGCCAUGGCCCGCACCGUUGGCCUACCUACUGCCAUCGCCGCCAAGAUGCUGCUGGACGGUGAGAUUCAAGAUCGCGGUGUGGUACUCCCGUUUUCGCCAGUCGUCUACAAGUCUCUGCUAUCAAGACUGCGAGCCGACGGCAUCACGGCGCGCGAAACCAGCACACCUCUCAAUUAAAGCAUAUUAUCAAUAAGCAUAACUACGUAAUAACCCCGAUGUACCUACGCUAUGAAACUAAAUCUUACCUUACAACAUUUUCUUCUCCACUCAAGAUGUCAUUAAACAUGAACCAAACUACAUGAGCAUGAUCAAUGCUAAAUUAUAGUUUUAAAUGCAUUAUAAUAAUAUAGGUAGACUUACUUAUCAUGAUUAAACUGAAAUACCUAUCUAGCUAAUUGAAAAUGUUACCUUUAAAUUCUUAUUAUAUAGAUAUAUAAAGAUAAAUGACUUAAAAAAGUUUCUUUGAAAUAUUUUAGUAAUAUUCAAUGUGCAGAGGUCCAGCGAAGCCAACUAUACAAAACAAAAGUGCGAGAUUUGUGGAGUGCAAGGUAAGCCUCACAGUGGCCGAUGAUAAAGUAAUAACAAUAAUAAUUUAUUGGCACAAUAAAAAUUGUACACAAUAUUUUAUAACAUCCGACAAUAAUAGAAAAUUCAUCCAACUGCAUGAAUGAUUCCAAAUACUACGACUAUAACUAAUACCCUACAUCUGUAUCAGUUGCAUGUACCUCAACCACUUAUACCCGCUUAGUUUCCACUGCAAAAGUAAAGCCAGAAAUGGAAGGGUAGACUGGAUAAACUUUUUAACUUUCAAAUAAGAAAGAGUUUUCCCGAAAAGUCUUAGUUCCUUGAAACCUCAUUAAAACUCUCGUGAUACUUACUACGCUCAGCAUUUGAAACACUUUAUUUACUUUAUCAUUACGAGAUAAAUGUAGUUCGUAAUGGGUCAACUUUAUUCACCGCGAAAGGCGAGGACAUUGGUUAGAUCUAAAUAAUUUUUACCCGGAAACGAUGAUUAGAUGCAAGGCUAUUAAUGUCAUCCGUGACUAACCUGAUAAUAAUUAUUUACCUUACUAAAGGAAUACUUUACUUCCGGAAAGCAAGCAGUUAGAACUUGUUUUGUCCUCAGAUAUAUUUCUUAGGGAGUUCCCUUGUUCCCAGUAGAGUAGGUACAGCAGUAGUAGGUUACCUAAGCUAAGGGCACACUAGCCGAAAUGUAGCUAUAGUACCAGUUGUAUUUUCAUUGUGAAUGACACCAUCUACUUGCUCGCCUCGGAAGAAUUUGCUUUUCACGAUAAAUCCGAAGUUAGUACUCUUAAGCUAAUUAUAUUAAUUUUAAUUGUGUGGUGUACAUAAGGUGUUCAUUCAUUCAAAGUUAUGGUAAGAUCUAUGCAAGUCACUUAACUAUAUACUAAAACUACUUCGGUAACUAAAACAUCAAAAUUGGAAGAUGUUAUUUCUCAACAUUUUCUUUAACACAAAACACGACCGACCAUUUGCGAAGUUUAAGCUAGCAGUUUGGCUCAGAGCGACACAUGCGAGGCUCACUGUAGUACCUUAACCCAGGCAGGGUUUCUUAAAGUCAUCAUCAUCAUAGCGUAUGGGCGAUGGAAUUGCGUCAUUCUAAACCUCAAUCUUCAAGUUUUUCAGCCAUUCUACGGCCACAGGCAUCAAUUCGUUGAGCUCCUUUAAGCUGCCAGGAAAACGGUACGGUAGGCUGUCUUCGAUAAGGUCCGGGGGGGCCCCGCACUCACAUGCUGGCACCCCGUAGGUAAAUCUUUAAAUAAAGCAGUUAUUAGAAAAUGUAAUGAAACCAUGGAUAGAAGUGAUUUUGUCUUUUUCUGUAAUAUUAUGUGACUGGGGUUUGUGGAUUUAUCCAUAUCCUGAAAGUGGUCUGUGACUGAAAGAGUUUGAGAAACACUGCCUUACUAGCCCAUUAUCAUUUAUUGUCGUCGAUAGUUCCGUGUGUGUACGCAUAUGUCUUUAAAAGAAUCAUUGUGAUUAAAUUGGUGAUAAGAUAAUUGAGGUUAAGUCAACAAUUGGUAUGAAUUGUGAAUUGUGUGUAUAACCUAAAUGAUAGUUUUUUUUUCCUUUUAUACCUACGCUACUGCCUGAUCGAUUAUACGAUAAAACAAUAGAAAUUUUAUAAGCACUAUAAGAAGCUGGGAUCUUGGAGUUAGAUGUUUACCAGCACAAAUAGUAAAUUUGAUUUAUGUUGUAAAUAUUUGUUACUUAAUGAUGUAUAAUAUUUUUAAGUGCUACAUAGGUUAAAAUGAGUUUUAUUUAUUUGGUACGUUUUUAAUAAAUGAUGACAAAUUAAA